AUGGGGGCUGUGAAAUUCUUAGUGCGCCAUGGUCACACAGUUGUUGUAUGGGAUGACCGAGGAAUUAUUCGUGAUCAAGCGAAGAAGCGAUUUGGGGAAUGUAUUCAAAUCAAGCCUGUAGAAGAGUGGAAAGGUAUCCACAAAAUUGUUUUAAGUCCUGAAAUUCCCCCUCAUCAUGUUGAGGUUCAGAGGUUGCAAGCUGAAGGGGCGUUUUGUCUGACAGAAGUGGAUCUUUUUUUGGAUUCUCACCCGGAAGCAAAAGUUAUUGCUGUAACAGGAACCAAUGGGAAAUCAACUCUUGUAGAACUUAUAGAGCAUAUUUUGGGCACAGCGGGAAUAUCGGCUGCCAGUGGGGGAAAUUUGGGAACGCCGUGUGUGGAAUUGCCAACGCUUUCUAAAGAAGGGGUUUAUAUUUUAGAGCUUUCUUCUUACCAACUUCAUUGGUUAAAACCAUAUCCAUUUUUGGUGUCAUGUAUUACGAAUAUAACGCCAGAUCACUUAGAAUGGCACGGUGAUUGGAAUUCUUAUGUGCACGCAAAAUUGAAGAUUGCUGAAAAGGCAAAACACGUGGUCUUGGGGAAUGAAAACUUAGAGCGUUCUUGGCAUAACUUGAUUUUAGACUGCCGAAAAGAGCUUGUAGAGAUUGUUCAGUCGUUAAAAGCAGAGAAUUUAGCACGUGCUUGCUUGAAUACUUUCAGAUUAAGCGAAAGUGUUUGGGAAGAAGCUUUGGCAACGUUUAAGGGACUUCCGCACCGCCAAGAGGUAAUGACAGGUCCAGGGAGAUCAGUUCUUUGGGUCAAUGAUAGUAAAGCCACUAAUGUUGCAGCAACCCAUGCGGCUUUAAAUGCUUAUAAAGAGUAUUCGAUUUUCUGGAUCGCAGGGGGGCAGAUCAAAAAAGGAGACUGCUGGGAACAAGUUCUCCCUGGAGGAUCAGAUCUACAAGGGGUUUUUCUUUAUGGGGAAAGUGGUGAUGUUUUGAAGGAGGUCUUUUUGGGGAAAGGCCUUUCUUUUGUUCAAUCUUACUCAACAUUAGAAGAGGCAACGCUUGCCGCGUGGCAGAAGGUUCAGGACAAACAAAAGGAAAGUUCCAACUCCAAAAAAACUGUGGUUUUGCUGUCUCCAGGAGGGGCAAGUUUUGACCAGUUUAAAAAUUUUGAAGAACGAGGAGAGAUGUUCCGAAAAAUUGUUCAAGCGUUACCGCAGUGUAGGAGGAUUCGAGAACAAAGGGCCUAG